UAUGUUACAUUUGUUAGCAUAGUAGAUGAACAUGCCUUAAAUUUAUCACAUUGAUCAAUUGGAACUUUUUUCUAACUUAUGAUUUCUUUAGAAAAAUAUGCAGGGAGGUAGCAGCAUUUGAAAUAUCUCAGCUGAUCAGCCAUCAAUCAAUCCAAGCAAUACAUAUAUGGCAACAAAAGCUAAAGAUAGCACUACUUCAGGGAAGGAGCUGAAGAAGAGCACAUCAGCUUUAAACUCCCACACAAACCACACCAAAAGAGUCACCAAGUCUUCAUCUUCUGCAGGCACUGAGAAAGCAACCUCUUCAACCUCUUCAACCUCUUCAACCUCUUCAACCUCUUCAACCUCAACAACAAAGCAAGUCCCAAACUAUCUGAGGCCUACUUUGAGUGCCUCAAGACAUGAAAAUUCUUCCAAGUCAUCAUUAGCUGGGAGCAAGAAACAUGGCUCUGAAGACUCUGCAUCAUCUCAAAAGCCUACACUGAGUAGAAGAAGAUCUUUUGACAAGCCACCAUCACCGUCAAGACUACGCAAGUCACUGAUAUCACCAGGAAGGGACACAUCGCUACGAUCUUCAUCGUUUACAGCGAAAAGCUCCAAUGUCCCGAAACCCAGUAUAGAUAGGUCUAAUUCGAAGACGGCUAGAGCCGGAAAGCCACAGCUUUUGUAUGCAAAGAGUGUGAAGAAGAGCAGUACAAGUGGUUCAGCCAAGAAGGAAAGUACAGCUUCAACAAGACCUCCAAAGAGUGAGGACAUAACACAAACACUCGAUCUUGAAGCCGAUCUAGAGGCUAUAGAGUCUUUGGAUCAUCAAGAGGUUGAAGAGGUAGGUAUGAUUGAGAGUGAGGAACAUGAAAAGGUGGUUCUUCCAGACCCAAAAGUUGAAGAGAAGGAGCAAGUUGAUGAUCAUGGUGCAGCUGUAGAAGCUGAAGCUAAUGGCGGCGAGGAUGAGAAGCUCAAGACUAGUGACAGUUCUACUGUUAAUGCAGAGGAAUUGCAGGAAACUGUGGAGGAAAGAAAUGAAGAAAGUGGAAAUGCAUUGGUCCAAGAAGAGAAGCCUGCAGAUAAUGAACAACAUCAAGGGGAAGAUAAUCAGAACAAAUUAGAUGAAAGCAGUGAGGCUCAACCAGAAGAGGGUUUGGCAAGUGAGGAAACAAAAGUUGAGGUGAAAGAAGAUAAAGGAAAAGAGAAUGAAGAAGAUGGUGAUGCAGUGGAGGAAAGCAAGAAUGUUGAGGACAUGGCCUUGGAUGAGAAGGAAGGGAUUGCAUUGAAGGAAGGGGAAGAAAAAGCUGAUGGGGGAAUUGAAGAAGCAAAGCCUGCAGAGGCUGCAGAGGCUGCAGAGGCUGCAGAGGCUGCUGAGGCUGCUGAGGUUGCUGAGGCAGCUGAGGCAGCUGAGGGAGCAGAGGAAACAGCCAAGCCAAGCCAAACAAGCGAGGGAUCACAAGGAGGGAAAAAGGACUCUGCUCCUGCAUACAAUGAUGUGAUUGAGGAGACUGCAAGCAAGUUGCUGGAGAAAAGGAAGAACAAGGUGAAAGCAUUGGUUGGGGCAUUUGAGACUGUGAUAGAUUAUGAAUCAGGAUCCAAAUGAACCCAUUUACAAUAUGAUGUUGUGAAAUCUGUACUCUCUGUAUAUUGACACAUACAUUGACAUGUAAUGUGGAGGAUUAAAAGAUUAAAGAAAGAAAAAAAUUGAAUUGGAUAGAAAUGCUGACAAAUCUUUCUAUUAGCAUUGGCAUUUA